GAAUAAUUUCUCUAUAGAAUAAUAUUUAGGAAAAUUUAAAAAAAAAAAUGUUUCGUUUGUCAUUGUUGUGCUUAACUUUUUUAAGUUUAACAAUUGCUAACAAGAAUAACAGUUUCGAUGCGCCAUUUAUCAUUAAUAAAGAAGGUCUCAUGGAGUUAAAUAUCAAUGGACAUAAUUAUACUUUAAACGAUAACUUAACAUUGAAAGUGAUCGAUGAAGUUUGCGAAACUAAAAUCGAUUUUUCCAGAGCAAAUGAAACAGAGAAAAACGACAAAAAAGGAAUUCGGAUAAUGACAGUGGCAUGUGAACGAGACACUGACGAGGAUGAUGACUCUACAGGCAGUGAAGAAGUAACGACUACACCAGCGAAGAAGAAAUAAUUCCUCAUGAUGAAUGUUGUCAUCUAAUUAUUAUUAUUAUUGUUAUCUUUCUUAGUGAAUUACAUUUUCU